AUGGCCUCGAACUUCGACGUUGCAACCAGUGCAGGCUCGGGCGAUGGAAACGAGUAUUCAAAGCCCCCACCGGUCAAGUCCAUUGCAGCAGAGGUCUUGAAGAAAAAGCGACAACUCAACAAUGCUAUCCCUCCACCACCACUGCAAGCUUCUUUCGCCUCUAAUUCCUCACAAUUUGGAACCCAGCAAGAAGAGCAACAGUAUUUGGAUGAUUUUGAAGAGGAUAGCACGCGCAAUAUCAGCAAUGAACAAUAUCAACGAUCUUCCAACAGUUCCAACAACUCUAUCAAUCCUGGUAGAACUUCCUCUUCUUCAAAGCUUUCGGCGGAGACUGUUAAGACUAGCAUAACUGUUCCCACAGCUGCGUUGAUAUCGGUCAUAGAUAGUUUGCUCGUGAGCAAUCCUGAGUUGGAGGGAUAUAUUAAGUCCAAGGAAGCGCUUGAAAGGAGAGGAAAUGGAUAUCCAGAGUUCCCUAUACCAGAAUUUCUUUAUAGCAAUUCUUGUCAGACAUGCCUCGACCAUGAAGAUGUCUGCGUUGUCGAACAGGGUAGCUCCUCGUCCAAGUGCACAUCUUGCACUCGGUUUGGGGUCAGAUGUCUCUUCGUUAACGUGGAAAGUCCCUACUCCCCCUUAUCCAGGGACGUUCAUAUGAACUGUAGUAGAUGCAGAAGCUGGAUAGUAUCUAGUCAACCUAUUCGAGAAGUCAAACUGCCAUUCUCACCCUCACGGUACGCGAUCAACAGGAGACAUGUAUUACCUGCCAACACACAAAUAUCGGACAAGAGAGUGCUCGAUCAUACAAAGCAACACAUUCUCAAUCCUCUACUGCGAGCACAGAAGAAUUCCGUGCCUAGUUCUAUCGCUCAGAAUAUCCAAGCUAAACCGGUUACAAAUGUUCAAUCAUCAACGACCUCAAACUCGGGAGUCCAGCGUGGCGGUCAAGAUACAAGACUCGACAAUAACCUCUCGAGGAUAGCUACACAAAAGUCUCAAGGAUUGGGAUCUUUGUUCGAAAAGAGAGCCCCGCGAACGCUGUUUGGAGCUAAUGGCUCUUCGUCUACUAUUGCAGCUCAAUCGUUCACCUCCACAGUAACGUAUAGCGAAAGUGACAGGGAAAGCGAUGAGGCUUGUGAUGGACGCUCUGCAUCAGAGAAGACUUCCGGGGGCAGAAACUUGCGAAAGGUAUAUGCCGUACCAUGGCUGCCUUAUGAUCCUGUUCCUGCAAGCACGACUCCCUUCAAUCCGCUCAUAGAUCAGGCAGAUCGCCCAGCACUGGCGGUUGGUCCGACCAUCCCGUCAAGUUCCAGUCCAAGAAUAUCCGAUAAUUCGCAAUGCCAAACGAGGCCUUCUCUUACAGAAGAAUUAGUUGAUUUUGCGAAGAUCAACCAAGCUCGAAAUACCUUACGACAUGGAUUCGAAGAGGCACAAGGAGGUAUGCCACCUCGUCUUCGCAAAGCCGACCUGGAAAAUCACAACAAGGAAGAGGAUGAAGAGGCGAACAAUGAGUUGACAGAUACCGAAAGGUAUUGGAAACAGAAAGCCAAGGAAAGCAUGAACUCAUAUGAGGGAAGCUUUUGGACGAAUCAUCCACGCAAGCAUCGUUGA